ACGAUCUGGCUUAAAUAUCCCAAACAAGAAGGCUUAGUGGAAUAAAAAUGUAAGCCACUACAUUUCCCAAGAUGCAGUGCGUUUGUGUUGCCAUGGAAGCACAACAACAAAAGGAUUUUUCUCCUGCUGUCAGUUUGACACGCUACAACUCCAGACGCCUAAAAGUUGACAGGAAAAACUAUCGUUGACUUGAAGACGUGGUUAUGGCGAAUAGUGCAGAUUUCUCAACAUCAUCUGUAUCUGAACACGAGCUACAGAAGCACACAGACGAGAUUGGCACUUGGGAUGACAUCUUCAGGUUUGAGGAUGACUUCCCUGAUUUGUCCACAUUUGACAGCUCUGAGUGGGAAGCGAGUGAUUGUGAAGAUGGAUCUGACACAGGGGAAAAGCAAAACACUGACAAGAUACGCAUGUUCAAGCUACAGAGGAUUCUGGAUCAACUGGACGUCUUUUACCAGCAGAAGAAACUGGAUGUGCUACAAGCCAGGGAGGAACUAAAAGCAUUUCAACUUCAUAUGACUAACCUGGAGGAAUUGAGAGACAAGAUUGAGGUGGAUAUAGAAAGAGAGAAACAAGCUGAGAACAGUGUAGCGCUGUUUCGGCUGCGUGCUCAGCACAAGCGUAUGUGCGCCGAGCUGCAGAUGGAGGAAGAUCUGGGUGCUCAUUUAGCCAUGGUCUUGAAAGAGCAUGAGCUGGAGCUGUGUCAGGCGGAGGUAGAGCUGGGUCGCUUCUCAUCUCUGCGCCAAGAGCUUGAGUUGGAGGAGAAGAACGUCCAAUCUCACGACAAGAAGAAGCAAAAGCUCAGACUCCAGCGAGAGAAGAAAGUUAUUAAUGAACAUAGACAUAAAGCACAACAUGACAAAAUUGAAAGUGACAAGGCUUUACAAGAAGAGGUGGAUGUUGACAGGAAACAACAGGAACAGGCUUGUGCUAGCCAUCGCAAAGCAGCUGUCUACCUCAAACAGACUUUACAGAGGAUGAAACAGAAAGAGGCUGAGGCAGAAGAGAGGAGGAAGGAGCUAAUGAAGAAGAGGCAGACAGCACUGAUGGCACUUAAAGCCAGUUUUGCUGCCACUCAGGAAACUAUGUGUGCUAAAAUGCAACGACAGAAAGCUUUUAAACAGAAACAGAAAGAGCAAGAGCAACACAUGAGAGAGUCACUGGAGGCCAAAGGACUGAACAGCACUGAACUCAUUCACCGACUAAGACUGCAGGAGCGCUUCAACAGGAAAAUUGUUGAAUUUGAAGAUACACAAAGAGUGGGGCAAAUGGAGAUUGUGGCUAAAUUGCUCUUGGAACAGAAAAAGGAAAGGUCUAGAAAAUCUCCUGUACUUAGCCAUGAGAAAAAACAUGAUGAAAAACUCUUGCAGAACCUGUUGCCUCCAUCUGCACAUACAAGGAGAGAGGAAAGGCAUGUAAUGUCAAGUUCCAGAGCAUCUGAUAUUGGGUCCCACAGUGUUGGCGACAGUGACGUCAGUUCCUCUUUAGACUUUGCAGAGCUGAAAUGGGGAGAACAUGUAGAAAUGGAGGAUGAAGAUGAGGGAGAGAUGAACCUGGCCCAGCCUGAGUUCACUGGCCUUUGGGAACAAAAACACAAAGAUUAUACGGCAACAUCAGAUGAAGACAUUCAACUUGAAACUUCUUAUACCACUAUAAAGACGGACAUGAACAAAAGUCUGGUUCCAAAAGUGGCAAAAAACACUGUAAAGAGCAGAGAAUCAAAAGGACCACCAUUCAUCUGCAAACCAGAAAUUGUUCUGUUUAAGGAUUGCGAUGUUGGGAAGAUCUACAAGAAGAAAGUCACACUGACAAAUGUCAUAUACAUGACUAAUUACUGUAAGCUGUUGGGAGUGUCACAGAAUCUUAAAGAUUAUGUAUCAGUGAGUUUUGAGCCACCCGGGCCCAUGUCUGCAGGCAUGACUUGUGAACUGGAGGUUAUAUUUAGACCUUUGGUAAGGUUUUUCCCCACUCUCUAUUUGCAUCACCUCUGGUGUUUGUCACAGGAAAAAUAUAUCUUUGCUUCACUCUUCAGUCUGUCUGCCCAGGUUUCUACUGCCAGUGCUGAGAUGCCCAGUGUGAAUGCAGAGAACACAGCAGAAAUUACAUCAGGCACAGAGAACACAGGACACGUUUCUCACAUUGACCUUAAACCAGGUGUGUCUCCUGACAACAGUCACAGUCCUGAUGAGAUUUUGAUGGCUGAUCCAGGAUCAGUGCAUACUACAGCAGAGCAGAGCAACUUCGAGCCAACUGAGUUUAGCAUUGGGGAGGCUUAUGAAGGUGAUGUUGGCCCAUUUAUGAGUGUCAAACUACCUAUUAUCUUCACACCAACUAUUCCAGGGGAGGCAAAACUGGAUUUCCAAAUCACAUUUUCUCAACCUAGUUGUGAACCGAUUGUGGUUUCAGUUUGUGGGGUGGCAGAGAGCGCACCUGUGUGGGUGACCGAGUCAAAUAUCGACCUGAAAAUCUGCAUGUAUGAUCGCCUUUAUCAGGACAGCAUCAAAGUUCAAAGCAGGGCCAGCACAGCUCUCAGAUUGACAUUCAAGGUGUGUAAAGAGAUGAGGAACCACAUGUCCAUCUUACCUAAAACAGGAUUUAUCCAGGCCAAAUCCAGCUUCAGUGCUCAGCUGAAAUUUCUGCCCAGACAGAGCUUGUAUGCAGAUGCCAAAAGGUUCUUCAGUAAGGACACAGGAGUUCUGGAGGUUCCCCUGACUGUACAAGUAGCUGAUCAGGUGAGGCCUGUCCCGUUUACGGUCCAUGCCGUCAUCACCAGCUCUGAUCUGCAGUUUAACCACACUGAGGUGGACUUUGGACACUGCUCCAUUUAUGAGUCUGCUCAGAUUACAGUGCGUCUCACCAGCUGUUCCUUAUUACCUCAGGAGUUUGGCUUUGUGGGGAAUCCUAAGUUUAUUGACAUCCAGCCUAAUGAUGGUUUUGGCACUUUGCUGCCUUCACAAAGCAUGGACAUUUACUUGAUCUUCAGUCCGUCAAAGGCAGGAGAAUUCAACUUCAUACUCACAUGCAAAACAAGCACAAACAGAGACUUCUUGUUAUCUUGUCAUGCGACCGCCAUCCAGCCUUCUUUGAAACUCUCUGAUUGUUUGGUUGAGUUUGGAGGGACAGCGGUGGGGGACCGGACCACUGCAGUACUGUAUGUGGAGAACCAGCAGCCACAACCUCCACCUCAUAUCAGCGCAGGGCUUAAGGCUGCAGCCCGGCUCUUCACCUUCUCUGUUCCGGAAAACUCUGACAUCACCAUCUCACCUACUUCAGGACAGGUACUUCCUGGACAGAAGUGUCUGGUCCAGGUUACUUUCAGCCCAACACUGUCUGACGACGUCAUCAGAGCAGAAACUCUUCGCUGGAGAGAGGAGUGUCAUACUGACACCAGCAACUGCCAAUAUACAGAAGCUGAUACCAAAAGUAAAAUGGAGGCUGCAUUGCUUUUGGUAAAAGAUCACGGCAGCAAAGUAAUGCCUGCAAAUGGCAGCCCCAUCCCUUCCCCAAACCCAGCAGAUAUUCAAGCAGGCUCUUUUGAAUAUUUGGCUGUAAAGGCUUCACUUUUGCGCUCUUUUACUGAACGCCACGUUCACUAUGUUAUAUCCUGCUUCACCUCUUCAUCAGACAUAGUGCUGGAGACAUCAGAGGAGCCCAGAUACAGCCCACAUGAGACGCUCUAUCUGGAGUUACGCUGCCCAGCCAUCAGACCAGCUUUACUGCUCAUCUCUGACAGUGGACACAACACCAUCCACUUUAAUCAGGUGGCAGUAGGUCAGAAAGUGUUGAAAAAGGUGAUAAUCCAGAACAUUUCUUCAGAGACUGUAAAGCUGACGUCAUCACUGCUGGAUAUGACUGGGCCGUUUUCUGUGCUGAAUGCCAUGCGUUCCAUCGGUCCUGAAGAUACACACACGCUCCUGAUCGCAUUUACACCCUCUCUACCCAAGAAGUAUUAUGAAACUCUGGAGGUGAGCUGCAGACAGAUGUCUCUGGAGCUCACAUUGUGUGGUGAAGCUGUAAAUCCCAUCAUCACCUGCUCAAAUGAAGGACACAUCAACUUUGACUAUGUUCCUGUGAACGAGAGCGCCUCACAAGUGUUCAGGUUGCAGAACAUGUCCUCGCUGGAUGUGCAGUUCAGUGUGCUGUUAGAAAGCCACUGUCUUACAGAACGGAACGACCAGAUACUGGCUGUCAUGGACUCCACAGUACAUGUGGGUACUCAGAACUACAGUGGGAUGAGUGUGUUCCGUGUUUCACCAUCAGGUGGAGCUAUUACUUCGGCUGGUGCUGUUGACAUUACCGUGACCUUCCAUCCUGAUCAUGAGAGUCUCCAUUACAGAGAUGUUCUCAGAGUGCUACUCAUGAACAAACAAACGGUGUGUACGCUGGAGCUCCGAGGUUCUUCAUGUCAACACAAUAUGUUUGUCUGUGGUGGGGAUCCAGUAGAUGUCUGUUCUGAAUCACUCAUUCCAUCUCAUAUUUACACAUCAGGACUCAUAAAACAUGAAGAGAGAAAGAGUUUGCUGCUGACGCUCAGGAGUGAAUAUCAAGAGGGCAGAGCAAUCGUAGCCACACGCAGACUUCACGUUGGAUGUGUCUACAGCACAAAACCAACCACAAAAAAAACGGUUGAGUUUAUCUGGGAGAAUAUCUCACCUGUUGAGCAGCAGGGCUUCAAAGUGGCACCAAUGCAAGGAAGUGUGGAUGCAGGACACAGAUGUCCCAUCACCAUCACCUGGAUGCCACCUAGUGGUCUCGCUCCAAACUCUGUGGUGCAAGCGCGUGCUCUGCUGACCGUCAGAGGAGAUGAGACUGAUGUUUACCGUGUUACUCUGAUGGCCCAUACAGACAAAAAAACAGCAACAUAGAAUUUCAUUCAAAAUGUGUGCCAUGAUUUAUUAUUAUAUAAAUCACUGUUACUAAAUCUUAAAUCUAGUUGCAGAAGACAUAAAUUUGAUCAUUAUUGACUUUAUAUAAAUUUGUGGUCUUUUCAUGCUCUGUAUAAGAGGCACAUAUAAUUUCUGAAUUUCUUUCACUGUAAUGUGUAAUUAAUACACUGUGCAACAAUAAAUAAUGAU